CCAUUAUCUCACAGAAGCGAUUGCAUGAUUCGCUUUGAGAAAUAAGGGUCGUCGAGUGGCGCCAGAGCGUAUAAAGAGCAACUUCAUACAGCAAGCAGCUCAAGGGGCCCGGAGUUUUAAUUCUCACCCGUUUCGUUUCAAGCUGCCCGGUGACGUCUAAAGUAUCUCUUGUCGGUCAGACGAAGACAGACAAGAUGGCAGCAAGGCCAGGUGAGGAGAAUGUAGCUACGCUCUUUGGAGAUGUACACUACUAUUAUUCUCCGGCAAAUGUGAAGCCUCGCCAUCACCGAUUUGACAAGGGAUCAUAUGUCUAUCUGUUUGAGAAUGCCAGCGAGAGGAGGUGCCGGAUUGAAAUCGCAAACAAUCCGGGGACAGACGACCAAGAUGCUUUCUUUGGAUUCCUCGAUCAAGCGCAUGUUCGGUACUCAUACAAGCAGCACUGCGCCGUCUCGCUGACCGUCGCCGACUCAGUUGAUCAGAGCGAGUGGCAUCUCCCCACCUACGACCCGCGCAAUGAGAACAAGUAUCACUACAAGCUGCACUCACUCGACGUCUAUUUCUGGACGCAGCAGGACGCGCUGCAGUUUGUCAACGGCGUCCGGCGCGUGCUGCCGCCAAACCAGGUUGAGGUUCUUGAUGAGCCAGGCCCGCCGCCUCAGCAGCCCGCGGGAUUGAGCUCCGUCGUCCAGAAGCUUGAGAACGCGGCCAUUUCGGAUCCUCAGUACGGCAAUGGGGCUGUCUCGUCGCAGUCGGCUUCUCUGAGCUCAAUCGGGGGUCCUGGAGAUGCCUCGGCCGUUUCAUCAGAAGCACCAAGCAUCUCCUUACCGCCUCCACCGCCUCCGCCUCAGCCGGCAAGCUUUGCGCCCAUGGCAUACAAUCCCGCUGCGCCAGCUGCACCGGAGGCUAUCCGCCAUCGCGAGAAGACUCCUCCUCCGGACGAGGAUCCUCUCAAUCCUUUGGCGGUCGCGGUGGCUUAUGAUUAUCGCGGACAGCCCUUUACCCCUGGCAUUCCGUCUCAAUUUGCACCGGGGGUUACCAGCCCAGGACUUGUGCCUCCUCAGUUCGCGGCACCGCCAGUCCAUCCGGGACUUCAUCGAGCUGCGACGAUGCCAGCGCAGGGUUUGCCCUCUCCCGGGCUGCCCGGCACUUAUGGGGCGGGAUUUCCAGCAUCGCCAGGUCUUCCUCCACCACCGGCAUCACAGCCGCCAGUGGCAAAUCAAGGUCUUCCUGGCCCUCCUGGCCCUCCACCAGGCGGGUACUCCAACUACUCAUAUUCCCAGUCAAACUACGCGCCGUCUGGGCCAGUAGAUUAUUCAAUACACCAGCAGGUAUAUCGGCCAACGGAAGCGGAAGGAGCCCAUAAGUACCAGUCGAAGCCCGAGGGCAAAGGAAAACUCGAGGAAAACGCCGGCCGGAUCGAGAGAGGUGUGACGGGUAUGCUGAAGAAGUUUGAAAAGAAGUUUGGAUAAAGGUGAGAUGGGUUUGGGUGGGCAAGGGAUUAGUAUGAUGGAGAUACUAGGUAGGUAUGAUGCGGGUGAUUUUUCAAGUACGUAGCAGGGAUAUCCAGGCAGAAGGAGUACCGGGUUUCUACGAAAGAGAUACUUUGUCACAUGACGUUAUAAUACGAAUGCCGUUAUCUUUU